AAUAAAUCAAAAAAAGUUAUUUUUUAAGAAAUAACAAAUUUUGUGGUAAAAAUGCAACCUAAUAUAAAAAUAGGUGCGAUCAGCUCCGAUCCUGAGAAAGUGUGUAUACAACUACAACAUCUUCGGAGAUGGUUAGAUGAAAAUCCUCAAAUUAACGCUCGUAGAGAUGCUGAAACUUUGUUGUUUUUUCUACGAAACUGCAAAUAUGAUUUGGAACGUACCAAAAAGAAGAUCAAAAGUUUUUACCAAAUGCGGGCUGAACGUGUAGAAUGGUUUGCAAAUCGAAAUCCAUUAUUACCGGAAUUACAAGAUCUAUUACGGUUAGGUGUGUUUCUUCCCGUGGACGGAGUUGAUGCAGAAAACCGCAAAGUAGUGAUAAUAAGAACGGCGGCACAUGAUCCUAAAUUACAUACACAGAACAAUGUAUUUAAGACUAGUAAAAUGAUACUUGAUUUAUUGCUGAAAUUUGAACCAGAAAAUUGUGCAAAAGGUAUAGUGGCCAUAUUUGAUAUGCAGGGUGUACAGCUGGGUCAUGCUCUACAACUAAACCCAAAACUCAUUAAACGAUCUGUUGAAAGUUGGCAAGCAUAUCCAUGUCAACCGAAACUGUUGGAAUUUAUCAAUACACCAACUCAUGUCAAUUUAAUAUUAAAUACUUUUCGUGUUUUUAUGUCGUCAAAGAUGCGUUCCCGUGUCGUUGUACAGAAACGUAAUUGUUCAGUUAAAUGCAAUAAUCUUCCAGUUGAUAUAGGUGGUACUGGACCAAGUUACCAAGAGUUGGCAAUGAAGUGGAAGCAAUUAGUGGAGCAAAAUGCUGAUUUCUAUGUUGAAUAUGAUAAAUAUAAAAGUAUAUUAAACACUUAAAGUUGAUCAAAAUCUA